CCUCCCCCGCCCCUCCCCGCGCGAGUGUCUCCCUCUCCCUCGCUCCCUCUCUCUCUCCCUCUCUCUCUCUUUUGUGAGUUAUAGCAACCGUUGCCUUGUGAAUCAAGCGCCAUAGUCACCGUAGUCCUGGCGACUGUUACCCAUCAACAACAACUACUCCUCUCCUCCUCCUCCUCCUCUUCCUCCUCCUCCUCCUCCCCACCACCACCAUCUCCAUCACCCACCAACAACACCACAAUAAUCCACAGCCAAGGAAACCUGUUUGUCCGUGGUGCUAUGGAAACUAUAAGAGAACUUCUCUCUGCUGUCUAUCACCUAGCCCCUCUGUCACCUCCAGCUGUCUCAGAGAUUUUUAUCAGAGGAAUGUAGACUGGAAUCUGCAAUGGUUUUCAAAAUCCCAAAGUGAGACCAUCAUGCAGACUUCAGAGACGGGUUCAGACACAGGGUCGACAGUGACUCUGCAGACGUCUGUGGCUAGCCAAGCAGCAGUGCCUACACAGGUGGUACAGCAAGUGCCAGUCCAGCAGCAGGUGCAGCAGGUACAGACAGUUCAGCAGGUCCAACAUGUCUACCCAGCUCAGGUGCAGUAUGUGGAAGGAAGUGAUACUGUCUAUACCAAUGGAGCAAUCCGAACAACAACUUAUCCUUAUACAGAAACACAGAUGUACAGCCAAAACACUGGAGGAAAUUACUUUGACACUCAAGGAAGUUCAGCACAGGUGACAACCGUGGUGUCCUCCCACAGUAUGGUGGGUACUGGUGGUAUUCAGAUGGGCGUCACAGGAGGACAGCUCAUCAGCAGCUCCGGAGGAACCUAUCUGAUUGGCAAUUCAAUGGAGAAUUCUGGUCACUCAGUGACACACACAACUCGAGCCUCCCCAGCGACAAUUGAAAUGGCGAUUGAGACGCUGCAAAAGUCUGACGGUCUGUCCACUCACAGAAGCUCUCUUCUCAACAGCCAUCUCCAGUGGCUGCUGGACAAUUAUGAGACAGCAGAAGGGGUCAGCCUUCCGAGAAGCACGCUGUACAAUCACUAUCUUCGACACUGUCAGGAACACAAGCUGGACCCAGUCAACGCUGCCUCUUUUGGAAAACUAAUAAGGUCCAUUUUUAUGGGGCUACGGACUAGGAGAUUAGGAACUAGAGGAAACUCCAAGUACCAUUACUAUGGGAUUCGUGUGAAGCCAGAUUCUCCUCUUAACCGUCUACAAGAAGACAUGCAGUAUAUGGCUAUGAGACAGCAGCCCAUGCAGCAGAAGCAAAGGUACAAGCCUAUGCAGAAAGUGGAUGGGGUUGCAGAUGGUUUCACAGGAAGUGGCCAACAGACAGGCACAUCUGUUGAGCAAACUGUAAUUGCCCAAAGUCAACAUCAUCAACAGUUUUUAGAUGCAUCUCGAGCACUUCCAGAGUUUGGAGAAGUUGAAAUCUCUUCUCUGCCAGAUGGUACUACCUUUGAGGAUAUCAAGUCACUGCAGAGUCUUUAUCGAGAGCACUGUGAGGCGAUAUUGGACGUUGUUGUGAAUCUUCAGUUUAGCCUGAUAGAAAAAUUAUGGCAAACAUUCUGGCGCUAUUCUCCCUCUACUCCAACCGACGGCACUACCAUUACUGAAUCAAGCAAUCUGAGUGAAAUAGAAAGUCGACUUCCGAAAGCAAAGCUGAUAACUCUGUGCAAACAUGAGUCUAUCCUGAAAUGGAUGUGUAACUGUGACCAUGGGAUGUACCAGGCUUUGGUGGAGAUUCUCAUCCCCGACGUCCUUAGACCCAUUCCUAGUGCCUUGACCCAAGCCAUUCGAAAUUUUGCAAAAAGCCUUGAAGGUUGGCUUUCAAAUGCCAUGAACAAUAUUCCACAGAGAAUGAUACAAACCAAGGUUGCCGCUGUAAGUGCCUUUGCCCAGACUCUGCGAAGAUACACAUCGCUCAAUCACCUGGCCCAGGCAGCCCGCGCCGUACUUCAGAACACUUCCCAGAUUAACCAGAUGCUCAGCGACCUCAACCGCGUUGACUUUGCCAAUGUCCAGGAGCAGGCUUCCUGGGUGUGCCAGUGUGAUGACAACAUGGUUCAGAGACUAGAAACAGACUUCAAGAUGACACUUCAGCAGCAGAGCACACUGGAGCAGUGGGCAGCAUGGCUGGACAAUGUGAUGAUGCAGGCACUGAAGCCCUAUGAAGGAAGACCCAGCUUCCCUAAAGCCGCCAGGCAGUUUCUGCUCAAAUGGUCUUUUUACAGCUCCAUGGUCAUCCGGGACUUAACCCUGCGCAGUGCUGCUAGCUUCGGCUCCUUCCACCUGAUCCGGCUGCUCUAUGACGAGUACAUGUUCUACUUGGUAGAGCAUCGUGUUGCUCAGGCAACAGGAGAGACACCCAUAGCAGUGAUGGGCGAGUUCGGUGAUUUAAAUGCUGUGUCUCCUGGAAAUCUGGAUAAAGAUGAAGGCAGUGAAGUAGAAAGUGAGAUGGAUGAAGACCUGGAUGAUUCUUCUGAGCCUCAGGCCAAAAGAGAGAAAACAGAGUUGAACCAGGCCUUCCCCGUCGGCUGCAUGCCGCCGGUCCUGGAGAGUGGUGUGCAGCCCAGCCUCCUGAGUCCCAUCCACAGUGAGCACAUCGUCACGAGCACUCAGACCAUCCGGCAGUGCAGCGCCACGGGCAACACGUACACCGCAGUCUAAGGGCAGCAGGAAAACCGGUUUUCCAGCUUCUUUAACCCCACUGAUACUGGGCUUACGCUGAGAGUUUAACAAGCCUGAAGGUUGACUGUUGUCAAAAGUCUUUCUGUGCUGAACAUUACCUUUUUGGAGUUGUGAAAUGGAAUGGGUGUAUGUAUUUUUCCAGGUCUUUUUUUUUUUUAACACAAAUUAUUUGCCUUUUAAUAAUAAGAGUUUCUCCCCCACUUCCCUUAGUUUCAGGUGUCAAGAAGGAUUUUUACAACACGUAAUGUCAUUGUUUUUGUUUUCUCAUAAUUAAAAAGUAAUUUACAUUUUGUAGCUUAAAAUAUUUUAUUGUUGAUUGUUAGUCUUGGUGUAUGAUUUUAUGUGUAAGUUUUUUAAUUAGAUGCACUUCUGUGAAAUAUCAAAAGAAAUGAAUUUCUUUGAUUUACACUGGAGGCAUGCCCAUUUGGCAGCAGAUGCAUCAAAUUUGCUUCUGAAAGGUGCUUUUCAUUGGACAGAACCAUGAGACACUAUUUUGAUAACAUUUUGGAGUACAGAGAGAAUACAGAGCGUUUUUAUUAUAGUGCUAGAGGGUUGGGAAGGUCAUCUAUUUUUCUCUGAAAAAAAAUGAGCUGUGCAUUUAUCAGUUCAGGGUAAAUGACAGAAUGGCAAGAGAUUAUGCUAAUAUGUACAUAAUUUGUGUACAUAACUAUUACACCAUGUUAACAAUGCAAGCUUCCGUUAGGCAUCGACUUUUAACUAUUACUUGCAUACCAGUUCCUCUGUGUAAAGACUACUGAUUCUGUAUUGGGACCACUGCACAGAUGCAUUCUGCUCUUAAGUGGGGCUGUUAUAGUUAGAUACUGAAGCUGAAAAAUGACUUGACUUUUUUUUUUAAGUGUACAUGCUACUUAUACUGAGCUGGACAUACAGGAAACCAUUCCAUUUGAAUGACUUUCUUUUAUUCCAGGUCUUUUUUCUAAUAGUAGUUCAAAAUGCUGCUAUUAUAAAAGAAAAUGUAUAGAAUGCAAGGAAUGUAGCGCCCUGCAUAUUGUUAUUUCCUGGUUUCUAAAGUACAUGGAUUUCAAUUUUACACAGAACCUGAAGGCAGUGUGACUGGCACACCUCACUGUUGCUGACCCCGAUUCUAUAGGAUUUGGAUAGGUGGCUGGAUGGACCAUUGCCAUUGAAGAAUGUACAUCAGGGAUCAUCGUACCUCGGCUAUUACAUGGUGCCUUAAAACAGAACUGAGCUAAGGUUUAGUAAGGUUUAUUUUGUUCGUGUGAAUAACUCUUCAAUCCAUUUGGUAAAGUGUGCCUGUCAUGCUCAGAUUCCUGAAGUAAGGACAGGCCACAUGUUCUUCAAGGGGAAUUUAGGGGGAAAUGAAGCAAAACAAAGAGACAAAAACUUCAGUUUCUCUCUGAGUGACUGUGAGUGGACUUGUCUAUGUUUUAUCCUUGGAGCUGAAUAUCACUUGAUUAUAAAUCAGAUUGCUAAGGGUGUGGACUAACAGGCUAGUUUUCAUACAAACAUUUUACAUAAAGAUCGUAUGUUGUAGACCAUUCUUAUCUAGUUACAAUUCUGGAAAGCUAACAAAAAAAGCAGGUACUUAUUGAAGUGCAUCUUUUCAGUCUAAAUGUCUGUCUGUGUGUCAGGUGUCUCUGUAUAAACACACACACACACACACACACACACACACACACACACACAGGCACUCACCCAUGCAUGCAUGCACACACAUGGAGCAGGAGUCUGCUACAGUCAGAAGUGAGAUCCUAAAGAGCACAGGCUCAUCACAUUUUAUUUUGCAUGAAAAGCCAAGGUUCUUUUAAGAAUUCAACCAUCAUCAACAACAACAACAACAACACAGGACACAUCCUUUCGUUUAAUUAACUAUAAAAGUAAAUCAGUGAAAGUCAAUAAAUAACAAAAUCAAUAAAGCCAAAAAAGGAAAGGAAAGCACAAGAUGAUGUAUAGAUCACGACUGAGGCCUAUAUCAAACUGAAGACUUCAUCUUUCCAGUUGGGUUGGGUGAGGGGUGUGGUUGAGGAGAUGAGGCUGCACCAGUCUGGAAAGUUAAAGAUACCAAAUGGCUUAUCAGGAAACACAGUGUAUUGAAACUGUUCUUGCCUGAUUGAUUGUCUCAAACUUCUGAACAUCAAUAGCAUUUCUGAAGUAAAAUUAAAAUGUCAUAAAUAUAAUUUUUAGUGGAUUCUGAUUUUAUAUCGAGCAAUUUACUUGAGUCUUCACUGGCAUCCAAGCAUCACUUCAUUUACUGAAGAUCCCCAAAGGCAAUGAAUUUGCACCCCCCUCCCCUGCAUAAUCUAUCAUACGCUACAAAAGACCAUGGAUCUACUUCAUUGCGAGUUAGAAAAUGUUUACACAUAAAAUUUCAAUCAUAACAGAACUCUCUUCAUUUUAACUAUCCCUCCUGAGGUCUUUCAGUCUCCUGUCUCUACCGGUCAUCCCCAGAUGACAUCAUGUCUGUAUUGGACCAAAUGUAUUUACUGGUUUCACUGUGUUUAUUGGUUGAUUUUGAAUGUAUUUGUAUCACUGUUUCAUUUAACCUAAUGUCGGGGAUACUCGUAUCAUGAAAGGAAUCUGCUGACAAUGGACAGAUGUAGAUUCGUGAGAGUGAGGGACUGAGUGGCCCUCCAGAUUUCAUCAUUUCUACCAGUUGUUCAUGGUUUGUUCUAAAUUAGGACAGAGUAGAACGUAAUUAUUACAGUUGGAACUGACUCUAAAAUAUUCUGGAAUCUUAUAUAAAUAUUUAGGAACAUUAAUCCUUUUACACCAGUGUAGAUAGGUCUAACCAAUACACACAACAGAAUACCUAUGGCUUAUGACACUUCUAAUUAUUUGUAGUACACACUUGCACACACAUCAAUUUUGGAUUUGAAUUGUGAAAUAUAUUAGAAAACAAAAACAGUAAUUAAAUGCAGGCAUAAAUUAGAAUAAUCAAAUUUGUUGUAGUUAUUUAACAUUUUGUUUCCAUUUUCCAUUCACUGAAACUGGCUUUUCUAAAUAUCAGCCACUACAAUGAGACUUCAUUGUAGACUGAUUGACAUAAUACUCAUUUUAAGGACUUCUGGUAUUUCUUGGCAUUGUAAUCAAAUGCUAGUCUUGAAAUACACGAGUAUGAACCAAGUGCUACACUUCCAGUGAGGAAAAGGGGAGAGAGGUGCAUGAGCUAUUGGUAUAUUUCAGAAGAGAUAUUUCCAUGUAAUACAAUUGAGUAUCAUAGGUAUAGUUUAAUAUCAGUAAAUACUUUGAGAAUUAUAGCCAAGAGAUUUGCGCUUCCAAAACCAGUGAACAAUGGGUGGAAUGGGUGAAAUUUCUCCUGGGAACACAGAGCCCAGUUUUUGAUUUGUUUCCUUUGGAUAUCAAGUUACUAAUAACUUCAGGAUUUGUAUCCAAAUCAUGUUUGGAUUGACUGUAUGAGUCUUACUGCCUUUUCAGAAAUCUGCGUUCCUUUUUGUGAUUUUCCUUGUACUGUAUAGCACGGUUCAUGCACCUCUCUUUAGAUGGUGUACUUUAAAAACAGAAAUAAAAUACACCAAUGGUUUUCUCGCUGCAUACCUAAAGUCAGUAGUGUGCAACAUGAACUGCCUUUGAUUUGUAGUAGAUGUUCAAAGAUGAACAUGUUCUUGCAGAAUGCUGUAGAAGUCAGUCAGGAGUGAGCACAGCUUCCAUGCUGUCAUCGUGGGCCUUUUUACAUGGACACACUCUCUACAAGUGUUUAAUGCAUUUUCAGUUUUUAAAAGAUUAUUAUAUUAUUAUUUGAAAUGUCUAAAAUAAUGCUGUGCUUGAAACAUCUGUUUAAACAAAGUGUGUCACUGUGAUGGUCCUCAUUGCGUGGACACAGUAGGAAGUGAAAAACUUGACUAGUCACAUUUGUACACGAGGUAAGGCAGUGGUUAUAUAUAACAGAUUGACUUUGUCAUAACCUCCCCCUCCCCAAAUUCUUUUGAGCAAACCAAACUAUCCAGAAAUGAAAAUCAGAAGUCUUCUGAUCUCUGUGGAUCACAUCAGAGUAUGGGGGAGGAGGGCUGGCAUGCAGUGUUGUUGAACAUCGGGCUGUGACUGGAUCAGAGCAACCUCCAUGUACAUGGUUGACAAACCCAUUAACAGAACCCUAGUGUUUCUGCGAGUCUGGUGAUUUUCAAAGACUGGAAUUGAAGCAUCAAUUCAGUGCUUAGUUCUGGUCCUGGAAAAGCUCUUUGCUGUAAUGCCUUGUAUUAACCCUUUGAGCAUUGUAAGAUAUACAAUGGGGGAUGAAAGCCUUCCAGAUCAUUUAUUUAGACUUAAAAAAGUAAAAUAGCCUCUAUAUCCAAAUGUCUAAUUACACUGUUUUUUAAAGGGGGGUCAGAAAAGAAAGUGUCUCCAUUCCGAACACUUGCAUUUUAUAUACAACUCUUAAUUUUACUUCAAGAGGGCUUAAUAUAUUUAUUCCCAAAUAUUCACUGCCAUCUAAGUAAGUGUACUGUUUACAGAAGACAAAAUCAACUUUUCUAGCAUCACAUGACUCUCUAGAAAAGGAGGACACAUACAUGGGCCUAUACAGACCUAUGUUGUAACUGAUUUCUGCACACUGGAGGUACCUGAUUGCCUUUAAAAGGUAUGAUAAAAUAAGGGUUACAUUUCUUCUUUUCUCCCAAAACAAAAGAUCUCAUUUAUUUAGCUUUAGAAAAUACAAGUGUAAGUGAAGCCUUAGGAAGAAAUGAGUUCCACUGAACACAGCUGAACUCGGGACAUUUAGGCUCUUUGGAGUUGCAUCUAUCAUAAAAUAUUAUUUGGAAAUUCAUACGGGGCAUAAUUUUACCUAUGCUCCAAAACGUUAAUACUAAUAAGACAGAGAGAGACAGAGUGGCGAGCAAGGCACUCACUUGCUCUAAGCUCUUCUGUCAGGAGCUGCUGUGACUACUGCUUCAGAUAUCUCUGAAUGUCAUUCUGCUUACGACAUUGCUGAUUUCUUGGAGGGAAUUUCUGGACAGUUGAUCUGGUCCUCCCCUGUGUGACAGAGCACAGAGUGGUGUUGUCUGCAGAUGUGCCUGCGCCGCCCUCGCCCGGUGCACACACAGGAGCGUAACCUAUUCCGAUGUCUGCUGGACAUCUGUAGCAUAGUGCAAGUGUCCGCACGUUGCUUCUUAGGCAGUUGAGGAAGUCAGACCAUGCAAAUGACUCAUGUGUUAACACGCAAUACUCAAAGGGUUUUACUUUAGCUCUCCUCUUUUGAAUCUUCAUGAUGAUUUACUGUAAAUGCUUCUCAGUUUGCAUGCCUUGCCCAUUGCUGCUAGUGAUUUUAUGUGCCAGUAGACCUGAGUUUAGUUUACCAAUUUUACUUAAAUAGUAAAAGCCGCUUACAAAGUGACUGCCUAGGAUUGAUUCUCCUUUUGUUUAAAGGGAUUGGUGAUACGUCUUUUUAAAAGAAAUGUUUUGUCUCUUCUAUUUGGUUCUGAUAUUUGAAUCUUUUCCCCCUCUUUUCUUUGUUUUCUUUCUUUCUUUUUUUUUUCUUUUAAAUAAAGUAUGACGUUGGGAUUGGAAGCCCUGAGUAAUGAAAUAUUUGGUAAGAAUCAUUUAUGUAGCUCAAUAAUGAUGAUAACAAAUAUCUGUGAGAAGUUUGAUUCUGGGGAGGAAAGCAAAAAUAAAACUCUGAUUGACUUUUGAUGACCAAGUAAAUUUUCCUGGAAUAAAUUAUCAUUUCUGAACAAAUGAUUGCCUUGUUUUAGCCUACCAUACUCAAUUUUAUAUGAUCUGAUAAGGAAGGUAUUAAAUUUUAUUCGUUUAAAAACAUCUUUUGUACCGAAGCAGAUUCUUUUCUCUGCUCAUCUCCAUCAUCAAUUUGGACCUGUGGUGGCGACCAAUGAGUUGGUUCCAGAAACUUACGUGAGUGCCUUGAGAACACUUGGGAAUUUGUGCCUGAGGUGGUAAACUUUUAAUUAGGUUAAUUGUAGCGCUUACCAAUCAGUAACUCCACUAUCACUCAGGGCUUUCGUACCUUCUAGGUAAAACUUCUUUCAUUGUGUUUUUUUUAAAUACUGUAUUUUUUUUAAGUGCCAUCAUUUAAAUUUCACUUAGUAAGUGGCAGAUUACAUUCUUCAGUCCCACAAGCACACAACAUAGGAACACUAGGAGAUAUUUGAGCAUUUAUUUUACAAUCGACUGAAUAUAUUAUGUAAAUGAGGUAAGCAACUUUUGUAGAGAUUGUAUGUGUGAGAUAAUGUAAUGUUCUUUUCCAGUUUUUGGACUACAGUUGAAUAAACUUUUUAAUUAUUUAAAAACAUCUUUACCGAAUAACAUGUGAUGGUUUUUUGUAUAAUGUAUUUGAUUUUGUAAAUACGUAUUUCCUGAUGUGAUUUUUGUGAGAAACGCUAAAUCUUUUAGUAUACCAUGUCCUCUCAAGAUUGGCGGGAGCUAAAUACUAGUUUGUGGGCGAUUUGUAUUGUGUACUGUACAAUAACUGGGGAACUUUUAUAAUUAUAAAAAUAUAUAUUAACUUUUAGUGUGUUGUUUAAACAAAUGACUGGAACAUACUAAAGAUAUUAGUAGGAUUUUUUCUGAAUAUUUCAGACUUGAACUCAGGCUAGCUUUCUUGUGUUUUUCAAAACAAAAUGGUGUCUUGUCUUUUAAAAAUCAAUAAAUUUGUUUCCUUGUUACAAA